UUCUGCGGUCGAGAACAAACAACAGCUUCAACAUGGCUGACGCUUCCGCCCCUUCGCAAGAUACGAGCUCGCGCAAUGCGAUCAUCCUUGUCGUGUUGACCAUCAUUAUCUCCAAGGUGUUGGAAGUGCUCUACCGUCGAUACACGUUGAACGUUGGCAAGAACGAUGCCUUGAUCACGCUCAAGCCCAACUCGACCGUGCAUCUCAAGCUCGUCGAGAAGGAGAGUCUCUCGCACGAUACCCGUCGCUUCCGAUUCGCCCUGCCAAGCGAACACCACGUGUUGGGGCUUCCAGUGGGCCAGCACAUCUCGCUCCGCUUCACGGACGACGACGGCAAGCUCGUGAUGCGGUCGUACACGCCCGUGAGUUCCGACGACGCGGUCGGGUACGUGGACUUGGUGGUGAAGAUCUACUUCAAGAACGUGCACCCCAAGUUCCCCGACGGCGGCAAGAUGUCGCAGCACUUGGACGCGCUCCCCAUUGGUGACACCAUCGAAGUGUCUGGACCUAAGGGCAAAUUGACGUACAAGGGGUUGGGGGUGUUUGAGAUCAAGCACCGCGUCAACGACACAAACGUUGACGUGCGCAAGGCGAAGAAGAUCGGCAUGAUCGCGGGCGGCACGGGCAUCACCCCAAUGUUGCAAGUGAUCCGAUACGCCCUGGCCAACCCAAACGAAACCACCGAGUUCUCCAUCUUGUUUGCCAACCAAACCGAAGACGAUAUCUUGUGCCGCGCCGAACUCGACCAAAUGACAAAGAACUUUCCCAACGUCAAAGUCUGGUACACUGUGGACCGCGCCUCCGACUCGUGGAAGUACUCGACGGGGUUUGUGACCAAAGAGAUGAUCGACAAGCACUUGUUUGGUGCUGGCCCCGACACGCAGAUCUUCUUGUGCGGCCCGCCCCCCAUGCUCAAGUUUGCCGUCGUGCCCGCGCUCGAAGAGCUCGGAUUCACCCCCGACAUGUACUUUGCGUUUUAAGUUGCAACCAUCGCCCCAUUCCUUUUUCCAGAUCCAUAUAUAUAUUAUAUGUUGGGUUUCAAUCAUAUCGAUGGUCCCAGCAAGCAGCCAGCAAUUGGUCACAUGAUUUGAACAAGACAUGUACAGCC